AUGGCGCCUGCCCCGUUCCGUUUCUCGCCAAUGCAAGCAUGGGAGGCUCCGACACCCUCGGUCCAGCUCGAGGAGUAUCCGGAAGAUGUCCGCGGCAUCAUUCGGGAGAUCCAGGGCUACGUCUUCACCCGACGCGUUCGGGCGAAGGACUUCUUCUUGGAUUUCGAUCCGCUGCGAUGUGGCCGAUGCAGCCCUCAUCAGUUUGUCCGUGGAUUGAAUGCUAUCGUUCCGCAUCUACGGGCAGAAAAGAUGCGCGUGCUCACGGAUUUCUUCACAGAUCCAUCGCAAGAUGCCAUGAAGCCACAGGUCGUACACCACCUCGAGUUCCUCCGGGCAGUGGACACCGUUUUCGGGGCCUCUGAGCUCGAAAAGCAACCAGCCGCGAAGGCGCCGAGGCCUGGCCACUGCUUGAAGAAGCACGGUCAGGACAUCAGCCCAUGUGAGGACGAGGUAACUGUUGAGCAGACGCUGCGACGGCUUGCCCUGCUCGUGAAAACACGUGGAGUGAUCUUUUCGAAGUGCUUUCAGGACUCGGAAAGAUCUCUGGACACGUCGCUCCUCUGCCCUCGAUUUGCUGGAAAGGUCACGGAGGCGCAGUUCUGCAGUCAUUUCCCUUUCAUGCAGGACAUCUCGGAACAUGAGCUGAGCCUGUUGCUUCAGCGGUAUUACAAUGCUGAUACUGGUGGGAUUAGCUACAUGGCACUGGACAAAGAAAUCCAGUCUCUCAUAGACGAGCCAUGUGCAGGGAGUGUGCAGCUGUCACAAAGCGCGCGCAGCCCCAUGUCCAUGCGUCAGUGGGCAGGGCCCGCGGCCUGGAGCGGCCGAGAGCCCAUGCGACUGCCGAGCAGCCAGGAUCAAGAGCAGUUUGAUUCAGAGCUCAUGGCAAGACUCAAGGCUGAGAUCGCUUCCAGACGCCUCCGCUUGCAUGGAAGCUUCCAGGAGGUAGACCGCCUGCGUCGCGGUGCCGUCAGCAUGGGACAGGCCAGGACCGUCUUCACAAUUCUUCGAAUCGAGCUGGACUCGAAGGAGCUCGAGAUGUUGCAUCGGCUCUUCGAUCUGAACGGCCUCUUCAACUAUAGGCAGUUCUGCAACGAAGUCUUGGAGGUCCCCUUGGACUCGGAGGAUUUUUCACCGGCGACCUCCUUCCAGCCAUCUCUCGGAUCGGCGUUCUUCAAGAAGUCCGAGCGCGUCAGAGUGCGGCACCGCUUGCUACCUGAUGCGGAGGAGCACCUAGCAGAAGCAGAGCUUUGGGUUGCCCGCCGAGCGGAGCAUCGCACUAUCAAUGUGAAGUCUCAUUUCCUGGACUUCGACAGACUACGGUGUGGCCGUGUGACUCGCAGCCAGCGAUGCCUGCCUGCUUCAGUUUCCGCACGCGGAUGGUCCGUGAGUGUGAGUGUACAUCGCUACCACCGUUGA